AUGCCUGAUAAUGCAUCUAAUAAUAAUACUAUGUUUAGAUAUUUUGCUAAUCAUUGUGAUUAUAAUGAAAUUAAUUUUGAUAUAGAUAAUCAAAGAGUACGCUGUUUAGCACAUAUAAUUAAUUUGGCAGCUCAAGAUCUUUUGAAAAAUCUUAAAGCUGAAGAACUUAGUGAAAACAAAAUUUCAUUAGAUAAUAAAAAUAUUACUUCUACAGUAAAAAAA